UCCAACACACGUACACAAUAACACAAUUCUAGCGUCAAAUUUGAUUAAAUAAUCAUCCUAAAACAAGUGACCCGCAACAAUUACUCAACUCAUAAGCCCCAUCAAAUUACAUAAAAGUUUUAAAUAUUGUUGAUUGUUGUCGAGCUAUUGUGCACAAGCCUAUCUUUUCUAUUGUGCUCUUUCUGCAGUUUUUCGAAAUUAAUUUCAUUUGAAUCUAACUCACUAUUACUACAACUAGGGUAUGAAAGAGAUCUUGUAGUCUUUCAAACAUCACAUUAUUUUCGGCCAAUGCCUACGGCUCAUCAUAACCUAUUAUUAUCGGCCCUAAUUUCAAGUAUUACUAUGAUAAGUUAAUCGAUCAAUUACAAGAUAAAUUUGACUACCAAUAACCGACCGUUUACCGAUUGGAUUAUUGAUUGCACCACUUAGCAUAACCUUUUACCAACCUAGGCAAAUUUGCCAUCCUCCUAUCCGUGUAAGCAUCUUUUAAGCAAGGAUUAAAAUGCCGUACUGUACCGACUGUUCAACCUGAAAACCCUCUUACCGAAAGCAAAAUCGGUAAGCGAUAUUUAGCGGUGUAAUACAGUUGAACCAUCGUUAAACCAUGGUUAUAGCAUAAAGUACUUUACCGCUAACUUUUCCGGUACGACCUCCAGUACUAUAUGGUAUUUCAAACCUUGCUUAUAACGGUAAAUAAAAAAGUGAGCGAGCAAAUCUGAAUUCAUGACAUGGUCCUUUGGUUCAGAUACCUUAUCUCACAAACAAUUCUAGAAACCUAUGCUCAUAGAUUGCUUAAUCCAACGCAUCACAUAUUAAUUUAGCCCGCAGCAGUAAGCUCUCUGUGUCAAACUUCUUUGAACGGCGGAGCCGCCUACGAGUACGAGAGUCGAGACCAUCCCUCGAGGUCGGGGUCAAAACAAUAUUCAAAUAAAUAAGAACAGAAAAACCACUGCCUAGGAGCAGAAUGACUGGUCAAAUGUCGUCCAACUCGGCGAACCUGCGAAAACCAAAACCAGUCUGACCAUUUCGCCCACUGCCCAGAGACCCAGAUCAUCACUAACAUGUAAAAAGAAACCAGGAACCGAGAAAGGUCAAUUUCGUCAAUAGAAAAUUAGAAAUAAUCGAAUAAAUAAAACACAACACGACCAGAAAAGGAAAGGGUUUUUAGCUACUGCAGCUGCCUGCAACUUGCAAGCAAACCUCACCUUAGCUGGCUCCACACUCUUCUUCAUCAACUCAUCCUCUCUCUCAAACUUUACCUUUCUCUACCCUCCUGCCUCCUUCCAUCACCAUUCUAUUCUAUCAUCAUCUUCGCCACCAAAGUCGACCAAGUCCCUCUCUUUCUCUCUCUCGCUCACUCCCCACAAACAACCCAGUCUUCAACCUCACCCCUAUAUGCUUCUUACCGCUCUGCCAUUUCCCUUCACCAAGUCCAACCCAACAGAAAGCUCUAAUCUUUAGUUAUCUUCCUCAACCAUGGGCGGCAACGGCAAGCACCGCUGGAAAAUCUCCUUCCACCACCGCUCCAAACCGCCGCCGCCACCGGAACCCCCGAAGGAGUUCCUCUGCCCGAUCUCCGGCUCCCUCAUGUCCGACCCGGUCGUCGUCUCCUCCGGCCACACCUUCGAGCGCCUCUCCGUCCAGGUCUGCCUCGACCUCGCCUUCCUCCCCAUCCUCGAAGACACCUCCCUCCCCAAUUUCGCCGCCGUCAUCCCCAAUUCCGCCUUCAAGAGGACGAUUCACAACUGGUGCGACGCCUCCGGCCUCCCGCACCCUCAGCCGCCGGACUACGCCUCCCUCGAGAAGAUCGUGCGGGGUAAGAUGAACGACUCGCCGUCGUCGUCGAUUUCGAACGGGAAUCCCGAUCUUAGGGUUUCAGAGAGGGAGCUGCUCAAGGCCGUGGCGGAGAACCCUCCGAUUUUAUUCUCCCACGCCGCGACCGAGGUGAGUCCCCGAGUUAAUCAUUUCUACUCGGGAUCGUCGGAGGAGUCUGUAAUAGUCGACGGCGGAGGAGAUGCCAGUCCGGUCACUCCGGUCACUCCGCUUCCUCUGGCUACGAAACCAGCUUGCUAUUCCUCCGCCACGUCGUCCAAUUCGUCCUCCGAGAUAACCGAGCUCGAAACCCUAACCCUAACUCAGACUCCGAGCUCCACCAAUUCGUCCGAUUGCAGCAGCUCCUCGAUCCCCGAGGAGGCCGAAAUCGUGGCGAAAUUGAAAAGCCCCGAGGUUCACGAACAGGAACAAGGCGCGAUUCAGCUGCGGAAGCUCACCAGGACGAGAGACGAAAUCAGGGGUCCGCUCUGCACUCCGCGGCUCCUCUCGUCGCUUCGCAGCGCAAUCGCGUCGAGAUACAGCGUGCUGCAGAUCAACGCCAUGGCCUCGCUGGUGAAUCUGUCCCUGGAGAAGCCGAACAAGGUGAAGAUCGUGCGGUCCGGAUUCGUCCCUUUGUUGAUCGAUUUCCUGAAGAACGGGUCCAGCGAGUCGCAGGAGCACGCGGCAGGGGCGCUCUUCAGUUUAGCUCUGGAGGACGAGAACAAGAUGGCGAUUGGCGUGCUGGGGGCGCUGCAGCCGCUGAUGUACGCCCUGAGAUCGGAUAGCGAGCGGACUAGGCACGAUUCGGCCCUGGCAUUGUACCACCUGACCCUGAUCCAGAGCAACCGCGUGAAGCUGGUGAAGCUUGGUGCUGUCCCGACGCUGCUGAGCCUGGUGAAGACGAGCGGGCUGGCGAGCAGGCUGCUGCUGGUGCUCUGUAACCUGGCGGUGAGCGCGGAAGGGAGGUCUGCGAUGCUCGAUGGGAAUGCAGUGGCGAUACUGGUGGCAAUGCUGAGGGAAGAAGGAGGUGGAAGGGGGGAUGCGGAGGUGAUGGGGAUUAGGGAGAACUGCGUGGCGGCGCUGUACUCGUUGAGCCAUGGGAGCUUGAGGUUCAAAGGGCUGGCGAAGGAGGCGAGGGCGGGGGAGGUUUUGCGGGAGGUGGAGGAGAAGGGGAGCGAGAGGGCGAGGGAGAAGGCGUGGAGGAUAAUGCAGAUGAUGAAGGGUAGGGACGAAGAGGCCGCGGAGGAAGUGGAUUGGGAGGAGGUGCUGGAGUCUGGUGGAUUCAGCCGGAGCCGGUACCACCGGGGAAUGCCUGCCGGUGGGGGCGGGAGGAAGGCUGUUGCUCCGAUUUCCAGCGAGUUCUGAUGGUCGGGGAGGCGGUUUGGUGUAAAUAGUAAGUUAAAUGGUGGGUUGAUUGAUUGAUGAAGGAUUGGGGAAGAGGAUGAAGUAGUGUUCUGUACUGGUUCUUCAUUCACUUUUGGUUUGUGUUUGUAUAGAAGAAGAGUAGGCAGGCAGGUUAUGCUUAGUUAGUGUUUUGAUGUAUUGCCAAUUACCAGACAUUUACAGCCGAUAGCAGUGAAGCGGUAAUGGCCGGCCAUGGAUUUGGUUGAUUAUGGAAGAGUGUAAUUGUAAAUUUUCUACGGGGCUGGCUGGCAGGCUGGUGGCCUGGUUAUUUAUUUGUGUACAGAACUUGAGGUAGGGAGCUCUGGAGGAGUGAUUAGAUGUGUAAGUAAGGCGUAAGCUAGUAUUGGUGAUAUCAUAGUGUUUGCUGAGGUAGUUCUGGGUUGCUGUGAUUGAGCAAAGAGAAGUUGAUUUCCAGAAUGAAUGGUGGUGAAUUUGGUUGCCUGUUAGUACAUAGAUGAGCAUGGGAUAUGGCGAUAGUGUGCAAAAUGUCAACAAUGGCUUCCUUCCAUAACCCAGAUCAGAUGCCUCCAAUAGGAUCAGUAUUCAGUAGGAUUGGAAAGACCAACGACACCGGUGGCUGGGAGGCUUCUGCUGCUGCUGUGUGGCCAUGAACUUAAUCCAAGUAGCUCACUAAGUUAUGGACCCAUUUAGGGUUAAUACCUUAGUUUGGCCCGAAGUUUAGCGUAAAUGUCAGUUUUGGCCCGAGUUUUUCAAUAAGACGUUUAUGGCCCACUUUUCAAAUUAAUGGACUAAUUUGGCCUCGAAUUUGAGUUGACUGUGAAAACUAACAGUCAAACAUUUAUUCUGUCAAUGACUCAGUAUUUAGUGCUGAGGUGGAAAUGACGUGGCUGCCACAUCAUUUAUAUUAAUGUAAAAAAUUUGAAAAGCACAUAAAAAAUAAAAACAAGAAAUUGAAAAAAAAAACCUAAAAGAAUAAUCCAAGCAUAGGAAAAUCGGGGUUGUAUAAUCCCUCUUCUGAUUCCCCACCAAGCUCCAAACCACUCAAUCCCUCCUCACCGCUGGCUCCGCCACCGUCCGCCUCACGAUCCCGCUUCACCACCGGCUUCCUCCAUUUCUCCUCUCGAUAAUCAAACCUCGACGCAUCUUAUUCUUCCUCCGCGUUGCUAUCGAGAGGGAACUUGAGAACCGAUCUAAGGCGCCUCUCAUCUCGACAUCCCGAAUCACUGCUCCGGCGAAGAUGAGUCCGAGAAGGAAGAUGGCAAGAACGGUCGAUUGAACAAUCGUUCGUCGCCGUUUUGGUUUGAGGGACGGCAACCACAGUCGCCAAUGCCAACGACGGAAGGAGGUCGAUGAGGUGGGGAAGAGGAAGGGAAUAGGGGUUUCGACAAAUUCAACCCAAUCUGCCACUUCUCCACCGCAAAAUUCAACAACUAGCGACCACGAUCCUUCUUCACGAUGCAAUUGCUCUUCACUAGAAUCGUGGAAGAGAUGGAAAAAUCAAGUGGCUGGGGACAAACGAGACGGUCUCGGGUUCGAGCUCCAGAUCUGAGUGAAAGAAGUCCUCCGGGAGUCAACCUCGGGGACAACAUCACCAUCAACUGUACUGGCCUGAUGGUUGACGGAGUUCAUCGGCGAAAACUUGAUGAAGUUGCAAACGAAGUUGGUGCGGCGCGGCAAGGAACCUGGGACGAUGAUAACCAUGGCGGCAGGGAAGGUGAGGUAGUGGGGAUAAGGAAGGGAGGGUUUUUCUUUCCCAUGGAUUUUGUUUUAAAAAAAAAAUUUGUCUUAAUUAAUUAAUUAAUGAUGUGGACGGCGCCACAUCAGCAGAAGAUGCUAACUCACAGACGGAAAAAAUGGUUGACCGUCAAUUUUAACGGUCAAUUCAAACUCCGGGCCAAAUAUGUCCAAUAAUUUGAAAAGUGGGUCAUAAACGUCUUAUUGAAAAAAUCGGGCCAAAACUGACACUUACGCUAAACUUCGGGCCAAACUAUGGUAUUAACCCACCCAUUUAUGAUUUAUCGAGGAGUGCACACCCAAUUGCCCAGCAAAAUCAAAUAGCUCGCCGAAUGUUGUUUUUGUUUGGCCAAAUACACUUGUGUAGCCAAAACUUUGACGGUUUUGCCAAAUAUAGCCACUUUUGGCGAAAUACAAAAAAUAGCCACUUUCGUCCAAUUAUUUGACGGUGUUAAUUAACGUGCUGACUGGACUAACUGCAGUCGUUGACGUGACACAUUUUAUUCAAAAAUAAUAUUAGGUGGAAAAUAAUUAACAUUUUAUCCUUUUGUUUUAAUCAAUUUAAACAAAAAUAACAAAUCUCUUCUCUCCACCACUGCCUGUUCACCUCCCCUUUAUCAAUACUUACCUAAAGCUCCCAGAAACUUCCUCUUCUGCAAUCACCACCACCGCCUUAAUCUCCUUCCUAACGCCGACGUUUCCUUCCUCGACGUCGAGAUAAUCUUUCCUCGAGCUUAAUCGAGUUACCUGACUCGUCGAGGCGGCUCAUCCUCUCAUCUCCGCCGCCGCCUCCGCCUCAUAGAAGCCUGACGAGCGUCCUCUGUUUCCGCCGCUCGAGCAGCCCUUCUUGCGAUUCCUGAGGUUAAUCCAUCAUCCCUCAUCCACUCCUGCGACAAUGGGCUUUCCCAGUUUCUGCGGUGGGCGACUAGCGACAGUGGCCGAUUUCUGUGACAUCUCUGUGAAAAAUGGGAAUCUCCCCAUCUAUCUCUAUUAUUCCCCAUCUGUGUUGAUUGGAAUACAGGGGCAAAGGUUAAAGAUGGCGAGCAGUUCGGUGAACGAGGAGAUGGAGAUGAAGGGAAGAAUAUAUGAAUUGAUUAUUGGUGAGGCGAGUUUGAGGUAGGGGACUAGGCUGAGAUGGAGAUCCGUGGUGGAUAUGAGUGGCCGACGACUUGAGGGAGUUGGAGAGGGAUGGAAUUGAAUGAAGAAAGAAUGAUUAGAUGGCGUUUGGGUAGGCGGUGAAUGUUUCGAUUACGAGGGGCUCAGUGGAGGUGGAGAUUGUGCGACUGAGGGGGCGGAGGAGGCGAUUGGUCGAGUGAAAUAGAGAAGAAGGAUUCAGCCACCGCCACCUCUCUUCAUCUCUCGAUCCCGCCGCCGUCGUAUUGGAAGCAGUCGUCAUCAAUCAUAGCCGGAUCUGAUGAGAUGGAACCCUAUUUCCCCAAAUUCUAGGGUUGAGGCGAAACCCAGACUCCCAGAGAUGCCCGACCAGUCAACUAGAGCGAUUGAAGAGAUGGGCUGGAGCGACGACCGGAUGGGUGGGUCUAGGGGAAUCGAGGGAGAAGUUUGGUGGCAAGGUUGUCAACCCGCGGGUUGACCCGGACCCGGUUGAGCUAGUGGGUCAAGGGUUAAUGGGUCACCCGGUUUAGCCCGGAAAUAUAAAAAGCGUCAUUAUAUUGUACUUAUCCUGAUAAAUUAUAUCAAAUAUCAUCUAACAUAUGAGUUAUAACAUAUAAUAUUACACCAAAAUAACAUUUCGUACUUAGAUUCAACAUAUAAUGAAAAUUCACACACGCUUAUAAAACAUUAAUAUUCAA